CCUAUUAUUACCGGACGCUAUUGUUUAUUACAAUAAUAAUAAUAAUUAUUUACUUUGAAUUGUUGAUUAUAUCCGCGAGUUUCUUCGUCGUUGUUGUCGUGGUGCGUGGUGGGGUCCGGUCCGACCGAGUUAGCAGGCGCUUUCCGCGGCAAGCGUUUUCAAGUUGGUUCCGAACGCCGAACCUGGUGCGCUUUGCUCUACACGUCCUGUCGCCGAACAAGUUACCGAUUGAGAACCGUUUUCCUUUAACGUGCUUUCGUUACCGAAUAUCCGUUUGCCGCGUGAAGUUUGUUCGUUUUUCCGGAGUGCGCGGAAAAUGUGUGGAAAAUUGUCGUAGUUACGUACCUGCAGGCUAAAGGAUUACUUACUACAUAGUGAAACUUUAAGACGGUGGAGCUUUUUGUGUUUCUUUUUACCUACCAAGAUUGUUAAUUAAUUAUUUAUCUACGUAGGUAGUGAUUGUCUUGUGUUUUUUAAAAAAACAAAAAACAAAAACAAUACUGUAAGAUGGCCGUAACAGCAGAAACGUCGCGCUGGUGUUUAACGACGACAACAGGUUUCUUCAUUCUCCUUUUCGUCGUUCAAGGAUCAUUAUCGGUAUUGGUCGAGGUAACACCUAAAGAAGUAGUAGCCCUUCCGGGUCAAAAUGUCACAUUCCUUUGUCGAGUGGGAGUCCCCAUCCAGUAUUGCCGAAUCGAAAUACCGGGGGAACAAACCCUUAACUUAAACCCAGCUCUAAGACCGAAAGGAGGGAUUGCUUACUAUGGGGCAGGUCUUCAAGCAGGUCAGUGUGGUGUCACGAUUGACCACGUCAAAGAAAUCAACAACGGUUUAAUAAAAUGCUCUCUGGGUAUUCAAACUGAGUACCAGGAACCGUUUGGAGAAAUGCGUCUCACCGUGGCAAAAGCCCCGCGGGCUCCACAACUAGAAAUAAGCACCGGUACUGAUAACACGAACAUUUACAAAGUCGGAGACGUUUUAAGGGCUUACUGUAUCGUAAGGGAUGGAAGACCCGUGGCCAAUAUUAGCUGGUACCUAGAUGACAUGCCAAUUUUAGAAGACCUGACAAUUCCUACAAUAACAGACAUGGCUAAAGAAGAAUUAUACUCGAUCGAGCAGAACCUUACCAGAACCUUGGUGCCAUCGGACAAUGGUAGGUCCCUCAGGUGUUUGGCAGAACACCCGGCUUUUCAAGGUGUCAACAACUUGGCCUCUCGUCAACUCAACGUCAAAUAUCCUCCCCUACCAUUGCAAAGUCCCAUUGACAAGUUUGGAUACGAAAUCGGGCAAAUGGGCAUUAUUUCGAUAGAAUUUGAAGCAAACCCUAAGCCUCACGUUGAGUGGACAAUAAGGGACAAUAGACUUAGAGAGGGUACCAGUGACAUAUCAGGGAGGAUUGAGGCAGAAGUGGUCGAGGACUUGGGUAAAGGCCGCUACAGAGCCACUUUGAGAAUAGCAGCCAUCUCUAAACAAGACACAGAAACCCAAUACGUCCUUACAGCAUACAAUGACAUGGGUUCACAGGAUUACAGCAUCCUCAUAUCGACCAGUCCGGAACCUGAAGGCUUAGAUUUGGGCAUCGCUUCCAUAAUUGGGAUCGUCGUCGCCAUCCUGAUCGUUAUCCUGAUCGUCUUCGUCGUCGUCUUCGCAAGGGUGACAGGGCGGUGGUGUUUUUCCGGAGGAGAGCGGGUUAUCGACUACACUGGGGGUGACAGCGGUGAUAGGUACCCAGAGGGAGUAGCCAGCGACGUGGUAGGUGGUAACGGGGUUGACAAUCCCCAUCAUCAAACCUCCCAAGAGUAUAUCAACGGCAAUCAUCCCGUGAAAGAGAAAAAGGGCGACACGCCUGUAUAAUAUUUUUAAUUUUUUUUUAACAUCUCCCAUAAGACUUUCUACUAUUUUUAAAAUAAACAGUGAAGAUGAUACAGAGUGUCAUCUAGGAGUAGUAAUACAUACUUACAUAAUUUUUUUAUUGUCAUGUUACCUUACCUUUCACCCCGCCGGAACUCUCGAAAAAAAAAAAAUUAACCCCGUUGCUGCCAUUUCAUUUUCUGACACUUUGUAAUCAAUCAGUAAUCACCUUAAUGUGUUUAUAUAUAUAUGUAAUAUAUACAUAUGAAAUAUGAUAAAUUUUUAAUACGGUGUUGCCUGUGUGUUGUCGCUUAGGCAAAUUGGAAAAAUAUAGAUCUCACUGACUGGUUUUUUCGUCAGUAAUUGUUUACCAUUUCGUGAAAUGGCGUGCAAUUGCUGCGAUUGUAAUUAAUUAAUAAAUGCGAUGUUAAAAAGUAAUCAUGAAAUUUAUUAUAUUAUAUUGCUGUUGCGAGAUAAAAUCAAAAUGUAUUUAUUUCUGUCACCAAUCGACUACUGCAAUCUUUCCCCCCUUCGAAAUCGUUAAGCAGUUUUUUGUACUUAAUGAAUUCAAUUGUAAUUUAAAGAUUAUGACUUUUAAGUGAUCACAGUAGGCAGGACAUAAUUAAAUUUAGUUACGAUGCGUCCAGCGAAAAUUUGGAGACAUCUUGUAUACUUGUAAAAAUUUAAUUUUUGUUUGUGCCUUGUUUCUCAUAACAAUUGUUUCAUUUUCUUUUAUUAUUUUCAUGUUUAAAAUUAGAUAUUAUUGUAAUUCAGUUGUUUCGUUCUUUUUUUGUUUCUUCAUUUUAAGUUCGCUCAAAUCAAAUCAAGUAAGUCGUUAUUACGAUUCAAUUAUUUCGUUUUUCUCUACUGUUUCAUUUUUUUGUUUUCAGCAAAGGUCUCUAAAUUUUCGCGCAAUUAAUCAAAUUUGUUUUUUAAUUAAGGCAUUCAUUCUUUCGUUCGUGCUCAUUUUUAUUAGGAUAAUAUAAUGACAUGAUUAUUAACUGCCAUAUACUAUUGUGAAUUUUUAAAUGUAAAUGUAUUUAACGAAUUAGGUCCUUUCUGACACUCGUUAGCGAUGCCAGGAUUUUUUUAAAAACGAACAUUAUUUUUUACCAAACGAACGAACGAACGAACGAACGACACGCUGACGGGUGUUGCAAAGUUCGAAACGCAAAAAAUGAAGUAAACCCAUUGUAACUGUCUAUAUGUAUAGAAAGCACCUGAAACUUUCACUUCGAUAUUAAUAUAAAAUUAAAAAUAAAUAAAAAAAAAAAUGAGACAUUCCAUUUUUCGUGAUAAUAAUCAAAGGAUUCUCAAGUAUUUUGUAAGUUCGUUAUUGUUAACCUAAGACAAUAAUUAGUUUAUUUUUAGUGAUACUUUCGUUUAAUUUUCUCUUUUUCGUUUUUUUUUGCACUCAUUUUUGCCUUUUGAAUAAUAAAAAGAAAACAAUGCACAUUCCACUUUCUACAUAUUUAUUGAGAACAAAAUAAGUGAACAAAUCAAUUUAAAUUAAUAAUAAUUGUAAUUGUAUAAAAUCUUUACUUAUCAUUAUACUCCUCUGUUCACAUGUAAUUACGUCUUAAAUCUAGCGUAAGUUGAACAUUUAAUUAUAUAAAUAUUGUUUUAUAAAUAAAGAUCUUUAAAUAACAACACUCUAGAUUUCUUCUUUUUUGUUCU